CUGGAUUAACAGUUCGUUAUCAAUGGCUUCUUACAAUAUUUUCGUGAUUUUUCUUACAAUCGUGGCCGUUUUCAUAUUCUUCAAGAUUCUAACAAGGCCUGAGUCAAUUGAGAGUGAACGCAAUAUCAGAGUUGCAAGACCAGAUCCAAAGAAGGUACAUAAAACAAUUCAUCAUCAGAAACAGAAAGAACCUACAAUUGUUGGGGGCACCGACAAAUUCAUAAUUGUAGAUGGAACAAAAAUUUUCGCUCAUUUUGGUGAAAGCAAUAACCUGGUAUUCAAGAAUUCAGAAGAGGAGAUAAAAUUCGAAGACGUCGUAAUGAAAAUGCAAAGAAAACAGUGAAAACAUUUUUGAAGUGCUUAAUUAUUUAUAUAGACGUUCAUAGACAGUCAUAUAGAUUAUAGUGGAUUAUGG